AGCUAGAUCUACACGAUUCAUCGUGAUAUGAGUUUGCCGUUCUAAACGAUGGUUUUGAGUUUGGUGGAUUUGAGUCUGCAUUCUAUAGCACAGAACCUGGGACAGAUUAGCCAGGCUCGCAAGUUUUUGCCCCCAAGAGACAAGGAAAAGCUUCUCGAGCGCAUGUGCUGGCACAAGCAGUUUACGAGUGCUUUACUUCCGUCAGUAACGUAUCAUCUGUUUUCUGAGACGCUCAAAAGGGUUUGUUUCGAAGAUAACAGUCAAGUGACAGAUGGUUUAUUGGUGCAGCUAGGCAGCUGUAAAUGCAAGCUUACUCACCUGACAGUUUCAAGUUGCAAGAAUGUGACAGAUGAGGGACUCGAGAUGUUACUGAGAACUCAGGAUACAUUGGUGGAAUUGUGUCUAAAUAACUUUGGACGUUCUGUGAGUAUGAGUGGUCUAAACACUGUUCACGCCUCUCAGCUUGAGUCUGUGGACUUGUCAGAGUGUGAUGGACUGACGGAUGUCGUGCUUGGGAGAAUGGUGCAAAACUGUCCACAGAUUAAGAAACUAGUAGUAAAGAAGUGUACUAAACUUACAUCUGUUGGAAUCAAACUAGUUGCUGAAUCAUUGCAAGGCCAUCUGGAAUGGUUGGACUUGUAUGGUUUGAAUAAGGUUGCAGAUCCCGCCGUCCUUGCCUUGUCAAGAUGCCGGAAUUUAAAGGUUCUACUAUGUCACGGCUGUAGUGGUAUUAGCGCCAGUGCUUUGUCUCAGCUUCAAAGUUGUCAUCUGACAUGGUUGGACUUGGCGUUCUGUUACGGCCUUGCCGAUGCCGGUGUUGCACAAUUGACAGAUUUUCAGCAUAUUCAGAAACUGUCACUCAGUGGGUUACCAGUCCAAGCAUCAGUGCUUGUGACUGUCAUAGAAGCAAUGCCACAGUUGACCGAACUGGAGCUGUGUGGUAUAGCUGCCAUUAACGACAUUGUUCUCGAAGAGAUUUGUACUAUUGUUGGACAUAGACUUUUGUCGUUGAAUUUGAGUAGUUGUACUUCCUUGACCGAUAAGGGUUGCUCUCACAUAUCGAGACACUGUCGAUGUCUCAAGAAGAUGAAUCUGUCACUGUGUCGAGAGCUGACUGGAGUCGGCUUGCUUUCUUUACUUCAAGACAGAAAUCUAGCCGAAAAUUUGUUGUCGCUCAAAUUUUCAGGAUGCAAAGCUCUGAGGUUGGAUGUGAUAGAGUCAAUAGCUGACCACUGCUUGUCACUGAGGGUGCUUAUUCUUGCUGGAGUGUUAGUUGUUGAUGACUUUUUAGUUCAAAAAUUGGCCGACGGCUGUAGGAAACUCCAAUACGUCAGUUUUAAAGGAUGCCAACAGUUGACAGACGAUCCAUUGUGCAGUUUAAUACGUCAUUGUCUUCUUCGUGUAUUUGUUGUAUCGGGCAUCAGUAGUUUGACAGACAAGAUUAUCGUAGCGCUGACAUCUCAUUGUAGUUCAACAUUGGAAGAGGUUUAUUUGCAAGGUUGUGCAUACAUAACUCCGGCAGCUGUCAGAUACUUGCAGGACAAUUGUGUGAAGAGCUUGUGUGUGUACCACCAGAUUCCGAAUGCACCACCAAACUUGCUGAUGGCAAAGAACUUGGACACCGGGAAAUAUUGCAAGAUGAGUACCUCGUAGAUGUUUAUUUCUAAUUCAAGAUUGUAUUAGUUCGUAUUAUUAAAAUCUAUUGACAUUAUGCUUGCUGUUGUUAAUGGUAUUCUUAUUAAUUAAUUAAUUAUUAAGCAGAUUGGUUUGGUCUCAGGUUGAUUUUUUCACUGGAAUGUUAAUU